UCUACUUCACGGUCAAUUGGGACUGUACUGAUGCAUCACGAGUGUCCAGAGUGAUCGGUCCAUGCCGGCUACUCACGGCAGAUCACAAUAAUGCCCAGAAAACCACGACGUUCGCCAGAGCAAGACGCUGACCAAGAUCAUCUCAGCCUGAGUGAGUUCCUUUCAAUUGCUCACGAUACAACGCAAAGACACGGACAAGGUCGUUGGCGAUUGUCGCUCCACGAGAUGUCCACUUGUGACGCGCCUACCACGCGUGAAGUCUUUCUGCCUGCAAUGCACAAUGCCGCUCGUGUCACCGACGACAAGCGAUGCAUGUGAUGUACAAGGGGGGCAGUCCUAUCGCGUCUCCGAUCAGAACGGAAUCCUCAUCUUUCGAUUUAUCGAUUGGUGUCUGGCCAUGCGUUUGAAGGCUGGACACCGGAGACUGGCAAGCCGCAUAUGACCCCUGUCACGUGUCAGCAGCAAGAACUUCUGCUAAAUCAACAUGUGGCACGCGCGGACGAAAACGCAAACGCCGCUACUGCCUGGACGAAGAAGGCCGAGGAGCUUCAGGCAGAGUUGGAGAGGAAACAAAAGGAAUGGAAUGAAGAGAAGGAAAGCAUCGACCAGCAGAAUCAGAGCAACAUCAACGAGUUGAACCGCACUCAUCUCCAAGAGCGAGGAGAUCUGCGAGAGACGGCGGACAAGGCCAAGGCAGAAGUAGCAAAGCUUCUAUCGACCGAAAAGCUCCAAGCAGCGUGCAUCAUCGAGCUUGAGAAGACCAACAGUGAUCGAUCAUCCCAGAUUGAGCAGAUUGGAGCAUCACGCGACCGUUUCGCUGCUACCCUACUUCUCCAUGGAGUGAGACGCGUUCAAGAUAGAUGCCUCGUUAAGCGACUCGAAGAGUCACGCGAUCAAUUUGCUGCCCGCCUGCUUCUUCAGGGCGUCAGGUGUGUUCAGACUGAUCUUCUUGUACGGAAUACCGCUGCGAGGUUGAUCAGCCGGAAUUGGAAGCUUAGAAAGACGCGUUGUGAAUUGCAGCAGAGUGAAGCCGAUGUCAAGGCUGAACGUCAAGGCUACGCACAGGCGUCCGAAGAAUACAGUGCAGAGUUGAAGCUCCGCAAGCAGUCACAGAAGAGGUAUGACGACGUGUGUGCAGCACAUCGAGACUCUGUUGAGGAGCUUCACGAUGCUCAGGCGCAAGUGAAGAUCGAAGCAGCAAAAUCUCAGCAAGAACAGGCAUUGCGCGAAGGCUUGAAUGAAACGCUUAGAGAGAGGACAAGGCAGUUCAAUGAGAAAUCUCUCAAGUGCAACACACUAUUAGACGAGCUCGAAUCUUGCAGGCUGCAGCUCUCGGAGAAUAAGAGGACCCAGGAGCAGGAGAGCAAGAGAGCUCAGGAGGCGGAAGCAAAUGCUGUGAUGCAUCUCAAUGCCAGAAAAGGGGCGGAAAAGGAAAGAGAUGAGCUGAAAACGUGGAAGGGCACACUGCAAGGAUUAUUCUUCGAUCGAAGCCGAGAAGAUGACAGCUCAGGACUAGCGACCAAGCAUCAAGAACACGACGCGUCGACCACAGAUCAUGGUACAGCGAAGGCCGUGGACAAGGUCAGCGAGCCAUUGAUUGACAACGAAGGACACGAUCCCAUCCGGAAAAACAGCCAUUCUCCCGAGCGAAACGCCAUCGACAAAACCAGUAACGACAAUCUCCCAUCGACAGAAAUUGCACCGAUGAUUUUUGGUCAAAGCGGUCCUCCGGCCACCAACAAAAAGCGCCAAGCAGAUGGCAAACUCCCCCAAGCACCAAAGAAGAAGCACAAAUACAACAGCAGCGCAAGCAGAAAUCACGAAAUUUAUCAUCCACCGACAUAAAACAGAUAUACCCAACCUCUAUCUAGCCAGCAAUCUAACUAACCAAACACAACCGUCCCCCCUCCUCCUCCCACCCCAUCCUACUCCUCCCCUCACCCAACCCUUUAAUAAGUACCCUCAACCUCAACGCCAUCAAAACCUUCCAGACCAACUUCCUCCUCCUUUCCAUAUAAUCCUUCCAACGAUGAAUCACCAAAAUCUGAAUCAAAGUGUUUUGUCUUUGAUGUCGUUUUACUAAAUUCUGGAGACGAGCGUAGUGCUCGAUUGCGGAUUCAGGGCUUGGGGCGGUGUUAGUUGGGAGGGUUGAAUGAAGAGGGGGACUUAUGAUUCUUGAGAAUGGAUGUUUAUGUUUAUGUCUCGGGAUGAGAUGUAGCGGUAUCUGACUGGUGCCAUGCUGUGGGGAACUGGACUGGAUUUGUCGGGUUGGUUGGCGAGAGGGUUCUGUCGAUUGGUUGUUUUGGCUAGCUGGUGCUGGGGGGAUUUGUAGAUGGUGAUAGACACCUCGUGAGAUAGGUUGAUGAUGAUGAUGAUGGAGAAAGGCCGACCAGGCCAGAUAGGAGAGGUGAACGUGAUAUCAAGCUUGUGGUGUAAUUGGCCGAUGUUGAUGUGAAAAUUUUCGUUCUUUCGACUGUUU